AUGUCUAUCUACUCUUCUGAACACGCAAAACUAUCAGGAAAGGAACAAACAAAGGGCUUCUUACAAGAUCUCGAGGUCCGAAAGGGCUCUCAGGCCGCUACGCCAUCGCUUAAUGAAACCCUUCAUAACACGUUUAGUUGUAUAGGAUUCGAAUGGCACGAUUUGGAUGGGUUACACUGGCACCGGGAUCCAGGGUUCGCACGUGGACCUGAGGGACAUAUUCACAGCGGUAGCAAGUUGGGAGACUCGAUAUCUCGACCGGAAAUCAAAACCGGGAUAAAGUCGUACAACCGAGACGAAAGAAACCAUCUCAAGGGCCCUAGGGACCUUGCCCAUUCUUCCGGCAGCGCUUCAAGUUCCAAUCGGAAGUCAAAGAAACCCCACCGGAUGGGUCGUUCGGCUUCAGAUCUGCACAUUGACACUUUGCACGCUGUCAGUCGAGUCACUGAGAAUCGAAUCCCGUUUCCCAGUUAUGUUGAAGACAAAGAUGACGGAGAAGGCCGGUGGGUAAAUAUCAACCCCUCUUCGUCGGAUGAAUACGGAGAAAUAGCAACGCCUAAACCUCGACCUUCCGUAGUUGGAGAGAGGUGGAACGAGGAAGAGACUACGGACAUCGAAGGUCUAACAGAGGAUGACAUUCUUGAGCUCGUGAAAAAGAUCGAACGUGAGGCUAGGAUGGAGGAAUAUGAGAGUGCGAAAAAAGAGGCGAUGGAGUUAUCGGUCAAGUUCGAGGAGAGUUAUUUUGGGUUCCAGUAA